ACAUUACACGCUGUUUUAUUAUAUAACAGUAUUCAGUUUGGGAGUGUGCUACUUGACCCUCACAGCUCAGUUACCGGACCAUGAUAACAUCAGGUCCCUUCCGCCAGGGGGCACUGAGCUACCAAGCUCCCAUCAACCUCACCCUCGCUCUAUUGGCUAUCGCUCUUAACUGUUUGGUAAUAAAUCAUCUCUACAAAGAAAGAUCUCGCUAUUCCUCCAUCUUGUUAAUGCUUAUAUCUGUAUGUAACGUUAUGACAGCAGUAAGUAACGUAGCCCGGGACUCAGUCUCCCUGUCCUGUCUGAGAAAUAACAACAUUCCAGUCCCAACCUGGAUAGUACUGAGCUAUCUCUCCCUCGGAGUCUCCAGUUACCAGUGCUCCAUCUUCUUCAACAUGGUUCUAACUCUCCUCACCACACUGCAGAUCCUCACCCCAUCCUACAGGGUCAACUACACAGUUGUGAGGGUAGUGCUGGUGGUGAUCACUCUGGUAGGAGUCUUGUUGGCAGUAGGUGAUGUUAUCUGUUGGAACAGACAACUCAGCUCCACCUCCUCUUGUUUCCAGCAAUGGUUGAAGCUAAAAGCAGUGAGCUACACGGGGGAAGGGGUGGCAGUUCACUUCUCCCACAAUCACAAACAGCAGUCCAUAUCAGGUGGUAUUAUACUACAUUUCGACUACUCCCUCCCCUGCUUGGUAAUCCUACUUUGCAUUAUGGUACGAAUCUGUUCCAACAAGAAAGCUCAUGUUGUAGGUUCUGAGUAUGUACAAGAUACAGAGAACUGGCUGCAACAUUCCAACUUGUCCGUCUUCCUGGUUUCCUUGCUCUACUUGAUCUACAACAGCGCAUUUGUAGUGGUAUUCUCUCUAGCUCACGUUAAAAGGUAUAAAUUAAAAUUCCUGACCAAGUAUAAACCGUUGCUGAUGACGGUUAAAUUCACUUUACCGCUGCUUACUGCUGUCCUGGUUCCCCUGAUAAUAACGCUCGGGAAACCCGCCCUACGGAUGGAAUUAAAGCAGCUCAUCCACCGACUAAUGUCCAUGUUAUCAGCUGGAUACCACAAAAUGAAGCACAGUGUGGUAAGCAGGAGGCAGGGGUUCGCACAUUUACAGGAGGAAGAAGAAGAAGAAGAUAUCUGCACAGACGGUACUCUGACUGAUCUGUAGCCGUCUCAAUUUAUACUUGCUAUCAACUUUACUAGAGAUUCUUGGAAUUCACAUCGCCGGUACUGAACCUCAAAAAGACGGGUUCCUGCUAUUAUGUAUAAUGCACGUUAAACACUGUUAAACGGCAGUCAAAUAUUUGACCAAUACUCGCUCUUCAUUGUUUAAAUGCACAACGUUAUUAUACUGCGAUUUUAAUACUGUAAUAUAAGAAUGUUUGUCUAUAGAGGCUUCCCGACGCCAUUAUAAAGAGGUAUCGUAGACAUUUUUACAAAUAUCAAAACUAUUUAGCUGACCAGGCAGCAGGACGCAAUCACUUUGCUUUACACGGUCAUGUUUAGCGGUGGCCAAUCAAAUUGGUUUUUUACAGCCACCUGUCCAAUGUGCAGUGGAUGAUAACACCUAUUUUAAUCAUUUACUAAACUGACCUCUUUUGUUUAAAUUUUAACUAUUAUUGCACCCGCGUGCAUACCUACGAAGUUAAAAUUAAAGUCUUGCCGUUAAAAUGCAUCAAGCGAUUAAAUGCAUCAAGCGAUUCUAUCUUGUUCAGUUUUAAAACAAUCCAGUCUUGGUUUGGCGAUCUAAUCGUUGGAAGCAACUGUUUACC